AUGUCAAAGGCUUUCGCUUCAGGAGAUUCAGGAGAGACAACGUCAACUGAUGUGAAAGAAAGAAUACUAGAACGCGACGCGGGCUUUGUCUCCGGGGGCGAUGACGACGAUUCGUGCUCAGGUCCAGCCCAUUCUGACGACUCCGGGGUCAGACUAGUCGAGACCGACUCCCGACCUAAUAGAGAACGAACUCCCACCCUCCUUCAGCCGCCCAAGAAACGCAUUCGAUUGAGCUCUAGAGACGAUCUAACCAGCCCCGAAAGCGACUCGAACCCAUUCAGGCCGUGGUCUUUUGCCGAAGAGCCGCAAAGAGAACCUUUGUCUUUAGUCAAGAAGACCAGCGAAACUAGUCUGUUAAGGCAAAGGAGAAGGCCAUUAGAACCUCCACCUUCACCAAUACCUCCACCUUCACCAAUACCACCACCUGAUAGAGCUGGACCGCCACGAGUGCCAUCUCACCCAGGUGUAGUAGAGUACACGGAGAAAGCAAAGCCUAGGGAACAAAGGAAUUAUAAAAACAUGACAAGGGAGAGGCGAAUCGAGGCCAAUGCGAGGGAGAGGACGCGAGUACAUACAAUAAGUGCAGCCUUUGAUACCCUUCGAAGAGCGGUGCCCGCGUAUAGUCACAACCAGAAACUGUCCAAGCUGUCGGUGCUUCGGAUAGCCUGCGCGUACAUCGCUGCUUUGUCAGCGGCGAUAGAGCCCGACUCCGAUCUUCCAGCAGCUGUAGAAACUGUUACGCAAACGAUUCACACCGAGGGUAAGCUCAGGAAAAAGAAAGAUGACCCUUGA